AUUCCGAUACGUCCAAAAGGAAUCCGCAAAAGAAAAAGAAAAAAACGUCCAAAAGUCUCCAAACCCCAGCCAAGAAAUGGAGGCGCUCGUGGUGCGGCGGCUGGGCGACCCCACGCUGGCCCCCGGCGGCGAGGCCUCCCCGUUCGCGGCGGUCUCUAGGGACCACCCGAUUCCGGAGCUCUCGUCGCCGACGGCCGUCCGCGUGCGUGUCGCGGCGACCAGCCUUAACUUCGCCACCUUCCUCCAGGUUCAAGGCAAGUACCAGGAGCGCCCGCCGCUACCGUUCGUCCCCGGAUCUGACUAUGCGGGCGUCGUCGAUGCCGUAGGACCCGGCGUGCGCGGUCUCCGGCCCGGCGACCGCGUCUGCUCCUUCACCGGCCUCGGGUCCUUCGCGGAGUUCAUCGUCGCCGAGGAGAAGCAACUGUAUUUAGUGCCUGAUGGAUGUGACCUGGUUUCUGCUGGGGCUUUACCUGUUGUAUUUGGUACAUCACAUUUGGGCCUUGUCCACAGAGCUCAAUUAAAGGCUGGCCAGGUGCUACUUGUUCUCGGUGCUGCCGGAGGUGUCGGGUUAUCUGCUGUACAAAUAGGAAAAGUUUGCAGUGCUGUUGUUAUUGCAGUUGCUAGGGGGACUGAGAAAAUGCAAUAUCUCAAGUCCAUAGGAGCCGAUCAUGUAAUUGACUCAAGCAAGCAUAAUGUUAUAGAAAGCACCAAGUCAUUUUUAAAGGCUAGAGGCCUGAAAGGCGUCGAUGUUUUAUAUGACCCUGUCGGGGGCAAACUUACGCAAGAUAGUCUGAAACUUCUCAAUUGGGGUGCACAUAUUCUGGUCAUCGGAUUUGCCAGUGGUGAUGUACCAGUUAUUCGAGCAAAUAUUGCUCUGGUUAAGAAUUGGACAAUCCAUGGUCUGUAUUGGGGAAGCUACUUAAGUCAUUGUCCAGCGGUACUGAUUGACUCCCUCAAUGAACUCCUGUUGUGGCUUUCAAAGCGUUUGAUAACAGUUCAAAUCUCACACGCAUACAGGCUCGGUGAGGCCCAUCUCGCUUUCGCUGCCCUGAGAGAUAGGAAGGCGAUUGGUAAAGUGAUGAUUGUAAUGGACUCAUCAGCAAAAUCAAGGCUCUGAUGCUCUUCAGACGUGCUUCUAUAUGGAAUCAUGAGACCUAUGUACCCCUUGUAUUCAUGAUAGGCGAAAAGAUUAUCCAAGGCACAGGAAGUUUCCCUUUCCCUGUCAAUAAUGUUACGUACAAUCAGUGUUCGCCCAAACGCUAUACGGUUGGUCACCCGUUGAAUAGCGACUAGAUAGUGUGUACACGGGUUUGUACGGUACUAACAAAUAUCCGUAUAUUUAUGUAAGUGAAAAUGAGGAAAAUAUUAUAUUUGACUUUA